AUGAAUUCUGGAAGUAAACAACUAAAAAUCUCACACAGUGUCCCUUUAAAAUUUAAACCAAAGAAGUGCUGCAAAACAUAAGUGAGAAGAAAUACAAAACAAUCAACUUCAGUCAGCCAAGUAUUCCAGAGCAGAACUUUUUUGUGAUGUCCUGAUUUUAUUUUAGACACUGGCCAAGACUUGCAACCAUUUUAUGGUCCACGCUGUGCCUAUUUUUUUAAAAUUGACUACAGGUUUUCGUGUUGACAUACACGAGUGGAGCUGCAGGUGUUAAACGCAUUCAAGUCCCAACUUUAGCCGAAAAACAAAGAUACAUUCAAAUUCCUGUCCCUCAAUCAACAAAAUGCAGCAAAGUUGUGCACAUACUAUAUACUGUGAUUGGGCAGCUACCCACACCCCAAAACCUGUUUGGUUAAAUUAACCAAUGGAGCGCUGAUAUUUUGUAAACAACAUGACAACUGGCUGAAGCUAGAGAUUUUGUCUUUUGUCUGUAAUGGUCUAAGUUGCACACUUCCACUUUAAAUUUAAUUAAAUGCCAGACUUGCAGAAAUGCGUUAAAAAAGGUUUUAGUCAUUACAACGUCUUUUACUGACAGAUGCAUACAAGGAAUUUUUUAUGUCAUUCCUCACCUUUCAGCUUCCCAACUUUUUUCACACUGAUCAAAAUGUCAAACGGUGUACUACAUAUUUUUAAAACAUAGAUGUAGUUCAGAAGGAGCCUGGGGAGUGAUUGACAGCUGCCUUACUUCUCCCACCUUCUCAGAGAUUUAAUACCUCCUGCUCAUUCACCUGUCUUGCGUGAGGAUUCUCAAACUGUUCCGCCUCCUCCCCUUCUUCCUCUGUUUUACUAGCGGUCCCACUCUACCAUCCCUUUUUUUACCAGAGGUGGGCAAAUUCAGGCUCGGGGGCCACAUGCUGCCCACUGAGCCAUUUCAUCUGGCUCGCAGAGCCUUUACUAGGCCGACAACACUCUUACAAUGAUGAGUGACCCAAGCCAGGUGUCUUGUGGGUUAUACAGGAGGGUAAAUUUUUCAGGAAUGAAAAGUUUUGCCUGCUACAUCUGGCCCUUCGACCAAGAUUCUAAACCCAAUGAGGUCCUUGGAUGUGGAUGUCAUGCUGCAUCAUCUCUUAAAGCAUCCUGCGACUGAGGCCAGCAACUCUGCAAAACAUGCUUUACUGUACAGCAAGCUUUCAAAGGGCAAACUAGUGAAGCAACCCUUUGUAUUCCUCCUGAAAAUGCAAGGACUCUAGCACUACUAAUGGCAAUAGGCGUAUACCCAAGUCGUAUGUGAAAGCCCACCUGGGAAGCUCCAACUCCCAUUGACAUUGCGACACAGCAUUCCACAGCACACAAGUGUUCACUGCACACUGCAUACAACAAAAUUGCAUUUUAUGCCUCACCCGUGCAAGGGGGCAGCCCCGAAUGGUGCCAGAAGGGAGCAGUGCGGUGGGACAGUAUCAUGCUCAGGGUACCUCAGUCAUGGAGGAGGAUGGGGGCUGAUGGGGGAGAGCAGUGGUUAAUAACUCCCCCCACCAACCUGGCGAGUCGGGAGUCGAACUGGCAACCAUUGGGUUAAAGGUCUGAUGCCCUAACCGCUUACCCAGACUGCCCAUUAAGAGUUGUGCAGGCUGCAUUGGCUGGGAAUUGAACCCGGUGGGGAUGCCACCAACUUGUAUCCAUUGGUUUUUGGAAACCUUAGACCCAUGUCAAAAACAGAAACUUGUCAAGAAGUGAACAAUUCUUAUACAAAUUCACAAAUUCCCUCCAGACUAUUCUCAAAGAUACAACAUCCCUAAUGCUUUCUUUUAGUGACAAUAUGCAGAUGACCACGCAUUAUGUAGCGCAAACCUUUAGACAUUCAUGAAGUUCAUGAGGUCCAAUGGUAUCAGAUCUCCCUUGCCUUUCUAAAAAAAACAUCUGUCACAAGUUUAUUAUGUGUCUCACUGUAGUGAUGGGACUUGAAUACAGGAGUCAGAUUUCUGAGUGUCUGACCAUGGCCAAAAUACGGUAGAACUGUAAAGAGCCACUGUGCAUUCAGGAUAUGAUUUAUGCUUGCUGGAUAUUGUAGAUCAGGGCCGGCCCAAGCCUUUAUGGGGCCCUAAGCAAAAUAUCAUCCGGGCCGCCCCCUCAUACCACCCCCUACUCAGCAUCAGAUGCUUCAUAAUCCUAUAACCAAAAAUAUGGCUCAUUGGCAGUAAGUGGCAGAUGAAAAAGCAAUGAAUGCCAAGUUCAUGGCUUCCUUGAUCUUUGCUGCUCAGAGGGGGACCCUGGUGGAUCGGGGGCCCUAACCCACCGCAUAGUUCGCUUAUGCCUCUGGCCGGCCCUGUUGUACAUGAUUAAAAUGAUAGCCCCCGUAUUUCUUGAUUUAACCCACAAUGGCCUUGCCAAGUGUAUCAAGUGUAUCAUCAGAAGUGGGCCUAAUGCCCUGGGUAUGGGGAAAAAAGGUCAUACUGUUUGGCUAUUAAACCUGGAAUCAAAACCACCCUCCUCAUCAUUUAAGGGCACAGAGACUCUCAUGUACACUGUCAGCAAGCAGGCUUAACAAAGGAAAGAAGACAAGUGCAAGGGUUUAAAAAGCAAUUGGUUGACUAAACUUUUUUUGGCACUGUUCUGCUUCUACUGAAGUUCAUCAUGGCUGCAGCAAGCCUUGCUAGGCGGGCGACUAUGCUUGACGUUGUGUAUGAAGACUACACUGCCUAUGGCCACUUGACUGAUGAUGAGCUACUGCAGAUGGCCAUUGACCGCAGUCUGUCUGAAGACCAACAAGGCCCCUCGGACUACGCUCAAGCAAGUUUCAUACCAGCAUCCGAGCCACCCAAAGAGGAAGACAUACCCACAGAAGCCAGGCAGGAGCAUGCAGCCGGACAGAAUGCUGCCCUGCAAACACAGAGAGCUGCAGCCGCUGGGAACCCAGAAGUCAAUCCUUCCAGGCACCAAAGGUUAAACAACAUAUACGAGUCUCCAGGCACCAAUGGGUUAAAAGAGCCUGACUACCCAUCCCACAGGUGUCCUCAUUUUGAUGCAGAAAAGGAGAUGCUACUGGAAUGGAGAAUACGACAUGGAGGUCUACAAGAAGCUGAAAAAAUCGCUGUGGAUAUACCGUCCUUAAGUUCAGCAAUCUGGAAGAAUGAUGUCGAAAGAGUCAAACAAAUAUUAAUGACAGAACCUGCCGAGACUCUGAACAAACCAAAUGCAGAGGGCUGGAUACAUUUGCACGAGGCUGCUUACAACAAUUGUGUGGAUUGUUUAAAGUUGCUUUUAAGAGCCUUUCCACAUCUAGUCAACAAGCGCGAUGACCUGGACCAGACGCCUCUUAUAAAGGCUGUUGGUGAGAAAGCCAUCACCUCUGUCAACGUUCUCCUUUGUGCCGGAGGAGAUCCAAACAUAGCCAACGAAUUAGGGGAGACAGCAGUCUAUAAAGCUUGUGAGAAGGGCUCUGAGGAGAUACUUGAUGCUCUUUUAAAAGCUGGCGGGAACGCUGCCAGGGCAACCAUUAACAGAGUCUCACCUUUACAUGAGGCAGUGAAAAGCAAUAACCUCAAAAUGUGUAAGAUGUUGGUAAAGGCUGGAGCAGAGUUGGGGAUUAAGAAUACAUAUGGACUUGAGCCGCUCUUCGCAGCCGCUCAGUGCGGAUUCAUGGAGGGACUGAAAUACUUUAUCAAACUUGGUGGAAAUGUCAACACGCAGGCUAACGAUGGGGCAACAGCUUUGUAUGAAGCAUCUAAAAAUGGCCAUGAGGAGUGUGUAAAGCUACUGCUAUCUGAGAAGGCAAAUGCAAACCAAAGAAGCAAAUCGGGCUUAACUCCUCUACAUGUUGCGUCAAAGAAUGGACAUGUUAAUGUGGUUUUGCAACUGAUUCCUCAAACCAGCAGAACUAAGAUAAAGCUCAGCAGCAUCAGCCCACUGCAUCUCGCAGCCGAAUGCAACCAAGACGAGGUCCUGGAGAUUCUCAUCCGAGAAGGCUUUGACGUCAACCAACAGCUGUCUCCCGAACACUCAAAGAUGUACGAGGACCGUCGCACCACGGCACUGUACUUCGCUGUGCGGGGAGGCAAUGUGGAGGCUGCCUCCAUGUUGCUCGAGGCCGGCGCAGACCCAAACCUGGACCUCUUCAACCCUCUCCUGAUCGCCGUGAGAAAAGGCAACGUGGAGAUGGCGUCUCUGCUGAUUGAACAUGGUGGAAAUGUAAACGCUUCCAUGCCAACGCAACCGACUACCUUCCCGGCUGCUAUGCUCUUCUGCAUAAAGCACAGAAGAAUGUCUCAGACACUGCUGGACAACGGGCUGGAUGCUGACGCCUGCUUUGACUGUGUCUAUGGGAACAACACGCAUCCUCCAGUUAAGACAAACCGCUCCUCUAGGGAUGAUCCGUACCUGCGUGGGCUGGCAGUGCCUCUUGGUUCAACAGCACAGUUUUGUGAGGUGAUGGCGGAUCCUGUCAACUUGCCUUGGCUGGGAACGAUAAUCGAUAUGCUCUUAGAUUACACUGGUCACGUGAAACUCUGUUCAAGACUCUCAAACCUCCUGGACAACAUCAGUGAUGGCCAGUACAUCAAGGAUAAAGCAAAUCCACCGCUCGCCCUUCUACAACUGUGCCGCCUACAUGUCCGCAAGCUAGUGGGACAAAAGCGACUGAGGCAAAUGGUCUCCCUGCCUCUGCCCGAACGUCUCAUCAGACUGCUGUUUUACAACAAUUCAGAGUGGGAGUGAAGCUGUUUUUAAUAGUCUGUAUAUUUGUCUGGUUUGGAGGAGUGCAGCUACAUGAAGCAGUUGUUUUUGAAUGCCUCACAUUUGCCAUGUAUGUAGAAUACUAUAGAGCUCGCAAGUGGGCGAUGUCACGUUGUAUGCGGCGGAUUAGCAUUUUAACUGCAUCCGGUUUGUAAAGAAAUUCCCACAAUACCAGCCAUAGGGAUAUUGCCUGGCUCUUGCCCGACCUGUAGUUCCGCACAGCUUUGUGAGCUCCACUACUAGGUCUGGGAGCAUGUAGCAGGAUUCCAUUUCUACAGUCAAAAAAAAAUCGCAGCAUUUAUUGCUUCAAUAUCAACAAAUUCUUUCAAAACCAUUUUCUGUUGAUCUCUAAAGCGUCAAUAUGGUCUAUAAUAUGACCUGUGACUCCUCAAUGUGAGCUGCCAGUGAUAUUGAAGUGAUAAAUGCUCGGCAUUAUUUUUUGAGUCCAGAAAUUGAACCCUGCCACAUGCUCCCAGACCGAUGUGUGUGUUUGGAGUGCCACCAGGGGGCUCCAGAGCACACACACGGAGGUCUGGUAGGAACCAGGCUAAUAGGGAUACUCAUUGAACAAAAGUACAAGGCGUUAACAACCGGCAAUCACGUGUGCCUGCAUUCUUUUUUUAUUAACAAGAGGUACAACAAUACCAGAAAGGAAACAUAACUAUAAGAAAAUAAUGUUGCUAUCCCCUAAUCGGGAAUUUUUGAGAACUACAUCUCACAUCUCGCUUGAGCUCAAACCAGUUCCUGCUGCAAGAACUAGUCAAGUAAGCAGACUUCAGCUCGAUGGUAAGUUUUGAAAUUAAACCAAGGCAAUCAGACUUAAUGCAGUUAUGGCAUUCUUUGACUUUUAUCAAAAUAGUGU